GUGAGCUCCAGGAAAAGCCCUCCAAAGGAUUGUAAAUUAUCAUCAACAACAGAUCUAUGCCGUUGCAGUUUGGGCGGUGAUUCGACUUUUCUCUUCGCAGCAACAGCUGGCUGCAAACUCAGAAAAUCCAUGAUGUCCUGCACCGUAGCUGAAAUUACAAGACCUCUGACCUGUGUGUCCGGGAGACCUGUUGCCAACAGUGACUGCUGCUUUCCUCAAAUAGGACUAAAUAAAAGUCAGCCUCAAGCCCUAAACAAUCAGGGAUGGACAGGUGAAAACUGAGAGGCCAGUAGGUGGCCUUUAUUUACUCUGUUAUCCACAAAGGACAUGAGCAUAUUCUCAGCUUUAACAGUUUCUUUUCAGAUGUUGUAUUUUGCCAUGUAAAAAAAAAAAAAAAAAGAUGCCUUUAAAUAUUAGAGCCAAGCCCACACAGAGCAAGCUUUCUGCUGCUGCAAAGGGUAGUGGGCACACCGAUGGCAACUCAUCUCAUUCACGUUUCUUAAGGUCCCCUAAACACGGGAAAGGCAAACAGGCUGUAAGCUCAGCACCAGGGGCCCGUUCAGGGUUAGAACCAGGCUCUGUGUCAGGAGGUGUGCCUGCAACACCAUCUAAACAGACUGGGGGACAAGGGUCAGUGUCAAGGCCAGGUUCAAAAAUCAAAGCUGACCCAGAAGCAGGCAAAGGGUCAACGCGUGGUUCAGCGACAGCACCAGGGGGUAAAACCAUGUCUAUGGAGAAUAUUCAGUCUUUGAGUGCUGCAUAUGCCACAUCAGGUACUAUGUAUCCCAGUGAACGGGAGUCCUUGGAACCCUCUGGUGGGUACCCCAAAGGCACCAUGACACUAGGUAGAAGUACCAGCCGCUCCUCCUACACUGGCCGGACGACAGCUACGGGAAGCAGCCCAAACAUCACAUCUUCUGGGAUGCAUCACUUGUCAGACCCUUGUGAAGACCAGAGUUUUCUUUCUGGAGGGACUUCUAGUUUACGGCGGCAGUCUGGAAGGCACACACAGAUAAUGAAUUCGGCUCGAUGUGGAGAGGUUUCCACAUUUGAUCUCCAUUCUCAGCUGAGGGAUCUGCAGAGAGAGAACAACAACCUGCGGAGAGAACUGGAAGGAGGUAGGGAUGGAAGGACAGGCCCCAGCAUGAACAGCGUCAACUUUUGGAGCCCAGAUUUAAAGAGAGAAAAGGGCGUGAGGCGAGAGGAGGGAGUGAGGAGCUCCAUUGUGAAAGACCAGUACAGGACAAACCAAGAAGAUUUGCAGCCUGGGAAUAACAGAAGAAACAAGCAGCUUCCGUUAACAGUUCAGGAGCUUCAGGAGGAGCUGAGGGCUCAUAGAGAGAUGAACAGUCGCUCCCAGCACCACCGUCAGCAGGGGAACUCCUAUCGAGAGCUCCAUAUGGACCAGGACCUCAGAGGGGGACUCAGCCCUGGCCACAGUCCCAGACAAAGCCCCAGCAACCUGCAGAGUCCUGGACCAAAGAGCAGCCCCAGAGCCAGCCCAUCCAACACCUACAAUCCAAGGCAACAGGAAGCUGACAUCAUCAUUCACAGCCCCGGAUACGGCUGUAACACUGCAGUAGCCGCACAAAGAAUCAGCCCAGCUGACACUCUUCAGCGUGGGCUGAGGAGCAGCCCAAAUCAGCCUCUCUACAGUCCUAGCCAAGGUCCCGGGAUUGUACCCAGCUCUGGUUCUCUCCACCCUUGUAGUCCCUGUCAGGUGCCUGGGUGUGACGGCUUUUCCUCACCUCCUCCCCUGGUUCCAUCAGAGGAGAACUUCUUCCAACUGCAGUCAGAGCACGAGCGGCAGGCCAAGGAGCUAUCCCUGCUGAGGAAAACCAUGGAAGAGAUGGAGAUGAGAAUUGAUUCUCAGAAGCAGACGCUGGGUGCCCGGGACGAGAGCAUCCAGAGACUGUUAGAGAUGCUUCAAGGCCAAAGCCAAGGUCAAGGUCAGGGACACUGGGGACGGGGACAGCGGACAGGCAUAAUAACCAUGGCAGCGCAGGAGGCUGAAGCCCAACUGGAGAACGUGCAUUUGAGAGAGGACACCAAGAUCUCUUCCCUGGAGAGGAACAUCAGAGACUUAGAGGAUGAAGUCCAGAUGCUAAAGACCAGCGGCCUGCUGCACUCUGAUGAGAGGCAGGAUGAGCUCAAGCAGGUGGAGGUCUACAAGAGCCAUUCUAAAUUCAUGAAGACUAAGAUAGAGCAGCUGAAGCAGGAGCUGAACAGGAAGGAGUCUGAGAUGCAGGCGCUGCAGACCAAACUAGAAACACUGACCAAUCAGAACUCGGACUGCAAGCAGCACAUCGAAGUGCUAAAAGAGUCGCUCAGUGCCAAGGAGCAGCGCGCCAAUACACUCCAGACAGAGGUAGAUGCUCUGCGAGUGCGUUUGGAGGAGAAGGAGCAGUUCCUGACCAAGAAGACCAAACAGCUGCAGGACUUGACUGAUGAAAAGAGCACACUAACGGGAGAAAUCAGAGACAUGAAGGACAUGCUGGACGUCAAGGAGAGGAAGAUUAUUGUCUUGCAGAAAAAAAUUGAGAACCUGUUGGAACAGUUAAAGGACAAAGACAAACAGGUGGCUGGAUUGAGGGAAAGGGUUCAGGGCCUUCAAACCGACUCCAGCAACACAGAUACGGCUCUGGCUACACUGGAAGAAGCUUUAUCAGAAAAGGAGCGAGUGAUUGAAAACCUCCGGGAACAAAAGGACCGGGAGGACAGGGUUCGGCUGGAGGAGCUGGAGCAGCUGAGAAAGGAGAACCACGAAUUAAAAGACAAACUAUCAGUCAUGCAACCCCAGAAACAGCCUCACAACCAGCCCGGUAACCCCAGCCCAACCCAGAACCAGAGGCCAGAUGGAGAGGUGAAAACCAAAGUAGAUGGGCCACCGGCAAUGAGCCCCACGAUCCAAACUACAGAGGAAGCAGUCAAGAUAUGUCCGGAUAUCACAGAUCGUCUGAGGGUCCUAGAGCAGGAAGUGGGCCGCUACAGAGAGGAGUCCAGGAAGUCACAAGCUGAAGUGGAGAGGCUGAUGGGAGCUUUAAAGGAUGCUGAGAUGGACAAAUCUUGCAAGGAGAAAAAAAUCUCUGAUCUUGAAAGACAAAUCAAGUCUCCUAACAUCCAGAAGCAGACAGUGCCAGGUGAGAUGAGGAAAGACGCCCUGAUUGAUGGACAUCCCCACUCGUUAUCACAGCUUCCUCUUUUGGCUUCCCAGGAUGCCAUGCGGGACACAGCUGAGCGGAUCAUGGAGCUGGAGAGGGCACUGAGAGAAAGCAUGAACACCUCUGCACAUAGGGAGGCUCUCUGGGCACAGGAGGAGGCUGCCCGGGUUCAGGCCCAGAGACAGCUGGAGGAACUGAUGGGAGCUUUGGAGAAGACACGCCAGGAGCUGGAUGCCACAAAACUGCGUCUGUCCUCCACUCAGCAGUCGCUGCAUGAAAGAGACGGACAUCUGAACAGUCUGCGGCAGGAGAGACGCAAGCAGUUGGAGGAGAUUCUGGAGAUGAAGCAGCAGGCUUUGCUUGCAGCCAUCAGUGAAAAGGAUGCCAACAUCGCCCUGCUAGAAUUAUCCUCCUCCAAACGCAAGAAAGCCCAGGAGGAAGUGAUGGCUCUGAAGAGGGAGAAGGACAGGCUCAUGCACCAGCUCAAACAGCAGACUCAAAGCAGAAUGAAGAUGAUAGCUGAUAACUACGAGGAAGAUUACAUCCAUCCCCAGCAUCACCCUCAUCAUUCGCACCACAUGCACCCAGCAAAUGUCCAUCACCGAAGCUUGCCAAGAGCACCCCCCCACGCCAACCACCGACCCCCUAUGGAGCAGGAUGAUGAAGAGGGAAUAUGGGCAUGACGACCACCAACAUGACCACCCACAUCCGUUUCUUCACACUCGUGGAAUCAGAUACCAGGCUUCAGCUACAAGAAUACAGAUACACCGGCCCAUAUAUCCUUCACAAUCGUGACCACCAGACCUGAUUAAAUACAGAUAUAAAUGCACACUCAAGCACCCACCAUUACACUUGGAUUCUGGUGAAGUUUUCAAAUGGGUAGAAAUUAGUUAUUCUAGCAACUGGCAUGCAGUGGCCCACAGAAGACCUGGGAACACCAUGUGUGAAUGCACCUCAUCAGAACAUCUGGCAUCAGUGUGGCAAGCGGUCCACUGCCUUCAUUUCUCCAGCUUUCUUCAAUUGGAAGCUGGAUUUAUUUUACAGUACCGUGGUGCUACAGAGUCCUGGCUUCUCAUCAACCGUCCCCCAAACAACUGUUGACUAUGAGCGCGGCCGAGCUGAGCCAGAGGAACUGGCAGUAAACUCAUGCCAGCUCUAGACUCUUUUAUGGUAGCAUGAAAAGUAUUCACGUUUGCAGCUAAAUAUCAGACUUAUGUAAAUAUGACAACACGGACCUUGUAAUCCAUAAUCCACAGAGACCUUCUCAAUGUAUUGUGCCAAAGGAGAUAUCUGCUGAGAUAAAUUACUGAAAUGACAAUGCAACUGAGUGCUUUGUAAAACCACCCUUGCCCAUCUCCCAUUUCCUGCAGAGAGAUCACCACGAAAUGUUUGAGGAUUAGCUUCCUUCUUUUCCAAAAAUAGGGUCCUUAGUUAACUGGGAGGGAAACACAGCUGACCUCAAAGCAGCCAACUUAUUAUAAGAAAAGUCUGUAUACAUUUCUCCUUGUGUUCGUCUUGCCUCCCCUUCAUUGUUUAAUGAACCACUUUCAUGUUCUGUUUGAUUUUCUACAGCUGAAACUAUUUGAGUGCCACUUUUCUUCUUCUUCUUCUUCUUCUUUUUUAAAAUAUCACAGAUUCAUGUGACUUAUUGUUCUGAUUCCAACAAGUGGUGUAUUAUGUUACUGUCUAUUGAUCUGUGAAUCUGAGUGACUAAUCUGAUUAUAAUGAAGUGUCUUGCAUUAAUACUUUUUUUCACUGUACUGGAGCUUGACCUGAUGUGAUGACAAUGUACAGUUGCAGUUUAAUUUAGCAGCAUAGCGGUGUUUUCAUUUGGUUGUUACCUAAUAUGUACAGUUUUUGUAGUGUGUGUGUGCGUGCGUGUGUGUGUGGUUUUGUGCUACACUGUCUUGGUUGUGAUGACUAUGAAAGUUUGGGGGUAACAGCGGUCGCCCUUGACUUCUUCCACAGUGGUUUGCAGUGAUCAGCCUGUUUCUGUUGUUUGAAUAAAAUAUUGUUUUCACAAGAA